AUGGCAGGGACGUGGAUUUAUUACCUUCAUGCUAUCGCAUUACUUCUGAUAGCAGUAACUGCAGAAACACCGGAACAGUAUCAUGUAUCUAUGGAUGAAGAUUCAAAUUAUCGUAUGCAUUGGUCUUUCAACAAUCAAGAUAAGAUUAUGCAAUUUACUGUUGAAGUCAAAACAACAGGAUGGAUAGGAUUCGGAAUAUCUCCAUAUACUGGUCAAAUGCCUGGAUCGGAUGUAGUCAUUGGUUGGGUUGAUAGUAAUGGCAAGGCUUAUUUACAGGAUCGAUUUGCCAAUGGUCGAACACUACCAGCAUUGGAUGAUAAUCAAGAUUAUAAGUUGAUAUCAGGCAUUGAAAAGAAUGGAAUGACUACACUAAAAUUUAGCCGAAAGUUUAAUACGGAGGAUCCCAAGGAUUUACCUCUAGAAGGUGGAACAACCAGAUUGAUUUGGGCAUAUAAUAACAAUGAUCCGCCAUCCCAAACUAACAUUCCAAUGCACCAUAAAAUGGGUAGUCGUAGUGUUAAUUUAUUCAAUGCCAUGCCCGAAAUUGACAAGCCGAAACUACCAGACGAUACUAAAACUUACGAUUGCCUUGCUCCCAAUGUUACUGUGCCUAGCAAGCAUACAUCAUAUUGGUGUGUAGGACUCAAGCUACCUCAAGUAACUGAGAAGCAUCAUAUUAUCAAGCUUGAUCCUGUUAUUACAAAAGGCAAUGAAGGUGUAGUUCAUCAUAUGACAUUAUUUGAAUGUGAAUCGGAUCCGAAAUGGCAUGGAUAUGCAGCCGAAUGUGAUAGCCAAAAUAUGCCUAAUCAUUUACGAAAUUGCCGCAGCGGUUCGGCUAUGGCUGGUUGGGCCGUUGGAGGAGAAUCAAUAACUUUUCCGGCUAAAGCGGGAUUUCCCAUUGGUGGUAAAAAUAAUCCCAAAUUUGCAGUAAUUGAAAUGCAUUACGAUAAUCCUGAAGGGAAAUCAAAUAUCGUUGAUAGUUCCGGAUAUAAAAUUUAUUAUACCAAGCAACUUCGUCCAAAUGAUAUUGGAGUUUUAAUCAUGGGCCAUCUUGUAUCUCCAUUCCUGAUUGUUCCAAAUAACCAAAUGCAAUGGAAUAUUACUGGCUAUUGUUCCGGUGAAUGCACCAGUAUGAUCUUCCCUAAAAAUGGCAUCAACAUCUUUGCAUUAUUCUUUCAUACUCAUUUAGCAGGAGUGGCUCUUGACUCUCGACAAUUUAGAAAUGGCAAAGAGCUACCUUUGGUUGCGGAAAACAAGCACUAUGAUUUUAAUUAUCAGGAACUUUAUUAUAUGAAGGAUGAAGUUAAUAUGAUGCCAGGAGAUACUAUGUCGGUAACUUGUGUCUAUAAAACAAAAAAUCGCACAAAAUUAACCUUGGGAGGUUUAUCAACAAAGGAAGAAAUGUGCUUGAACUACGUAUUUUACUACCCUAAAAUUGAUCUUUCAGCUUGUUCAACUCAACCAGCUUAUGAGGCCUUGGGUCCUUACUUGGCUAAGCUAUGGAGGAAAGGAAUAUUACCCAUACCUAGUCAAAAUGGAAGUGCUGGUUUGUAUGAAUCGCUUGGUGCAGCAUCACUUGAUGAUCCUAAAUUGAUUCAGGAGCUCGCCAACGUCCAAACUUAUCCGCCGCCAGCGAUGUAUUGCGCUUAUGGAAACCGUACUAUGCUCUUCGAUCGAUUUGGGGUAAGAAUGGCUAAUUUUAAAUCGGUCGCUAACUAUACGAUGGAGAAUACAACCAAUGGUGGUUUCAGUAUCUCAACGUUUUCUUCUGUCAUGACAUUAGCUCAUAUCGUCGUAGCUUUCUAUUAUUUAUCUUAG